UCCCCGCCCCCGGGCAGCGCCGGGCAAGGUGAGCCCCCCCCGCAGCCCCGGCCUCCCCGCUCCGCACCGCGGGCUGCAAGAAGUUAAUUUAUUUUUGGAAAAGCGGCUCGCAGAGUUUGUCAAUUCCAUCCGCACCGGCUCCUUUCACUCUAUUUUAAACCGGUUCUUACUGUGCUCUGCGAGUUUAUAAAAACAAAUCACUGCUCCCUGAUAAAAGCGGCCCUAACCCGCGGAGGAAGCGAGGAGCCCCCAAAGCCGCAUCUCCUCCCGGACACUGUAGCUCAGCUGAAAAGUUCGCAGGGGUCACUUUGGUGUCUGGUUCUCCAUUUGAGCAUCCAAAGUGGAGCGGGCAGAAUCUGGACCGGUCCGUACAGGCACGGUGAUGAAUGGUGUGAUCAAACAGGAUCGCUCGGACCACAAAAGUGCACCAAGUGGAAAUGAGGAAGAGAAGGCACCCAAAGAAAAGGCUGUGGGUGAAGUGAGGGAUGGCACCAAGCUCCAGCCACCCCCCUUUGCAGAGCGGAAGAAUGUUUUGCAGCUACGGCUUCAGCAGAGAAGAACCCGUGAGCAGCUGGCAGACCAAGGCAUCAUGCCACCACUGAAAAGCCCAUCCGCAUUCCAUGAACAACGAAAAAGUCUGGAGCGAGCCAAGACUGAAGAUUAUCUCAAGCACAAGAUCAGAAGCAGGCCUGAGCGAUCAGACCUGGUCAAUAUGCACAUUUUACAAGACUCAGCUGCAGAGGGGUCCAUUCAGUCCACUCAGAUGAAACUGAAGAGAGCUCGCUUGGCAGAUGAUCUGAAUGAGAAGAUUGCUCUCAGGCCGGGUCCUUUGGAGCUGGUGGAGAAGAAUAUUAUUCCUGUCGACUCAGCUGUGAAAGAGGCCAUAAAAGGCACGCAGGUGAACUUCUCCAAGCCAUCUGAUGCAUUCGCCUUUGAGGAGGACAGCAGCAAUGACGGCCUGUCCCCAGAGCAGGCCAGGAGUGAGGACUCCCAGGGCUCCACGGAGUCAUCAGCAGGCACCAAGUCCUCUGAGCUGCCGCCCUUGGCCCCCUCAGGGCCAACCCAGGACCACCCCCGUGGCAUUGAAGGCAACACAGCGGAACUUGCCUCAGGCCAGACCGGCCAGUGCAACAGCCCCAAGCAAGCAGUGGGGCAGGACAGCCCACCUCUCCCAGUGCCCUCUGUGGUGAAGUCAAAAUCAUCCAGUGAUAGCAAGAACCGUCACAAAAAGCCCAAGGACACCAAGCCCAAGGUGAAGAAGCUGAAAUAUCACCAGUACAUCCCUCCAGACCAGAAGGCAGAGAAGUCCCCUCCACCUAUGGACUCUGCGUAUGCAAGACUCCUCCAGCAGCAGCAGCUCUUUCUGCAGCUCCAGAUCCUCAGCCAGCAGCAACAGCAACAGCAGCAGCAACAGCAGCAACAGCAGCAGCACUUCAACUACCCAGGGAUGCACCAAGGCCAGAUAAAGCAAUCUAAUGAGCAAAUGAUCAAAAGUUCAAAUGCUUCAUCAACUUCUGUCAGCAACACCCCUCUUUCUCCUGUGAAAACCACCUUUUCAGGCCAGACUUGUGUCUCAUCUGUCAAGCCAGGCCCUCUGCCAUCUAACCUGGAUGAUCUGAAAGUGUCAGAACUGAGGCAGCAGCUCCGAAUAAGAGGCCUGCCUGUAUCAGGUACCAAAACAGCACUGAUGGAACGGCUACGGCCCUUCCAGGAGUGCAGCAGCAAUGCAGUGCCAAACUUCAGUGAGAUCACAACCGUCACCUUUCCAGUCACUCCAACAAGCACCUUGUCAAGUUACCAGUCCCAGUCUUCCACCGGCAUGUUGUCAAACGGCUUCUACCACUUCGGCAGCACCAGCUCCACUCCACCCAUCUCUCCAGCCUCUUCUGACCUCUCUGUGAGUGGCUCUCUGCCAGAUACAUUCAACGAUGGGCCCAUAUCUUCUCCACAAUUUGGUCUUCAGCCAUCUCCAGUUCACGGUAGUGCUGAGGAAAGCCUGAUGAGCAGCAUGAAUGGAGGGAGCAUCCAGCUGGAGCUGGAAGGGAUUGACACAGAGAAGGACAAGAUGCUGGUGGAGAAGCAGAAGGUCAUCAAUGAAUUGACGUGGAAGCUGCAACAAGAGCAGAGGCAGGUAGAAGAGCUAAGGAUGCAGCUGCAGAAGCGAAAGAGAAGCAAUGGCCUUGAGGAGAAACAACAGCCCUCCCAGCAUUUCUUUGGUGUCCCCAUCAAGCAAGAAAACGCAGCAUCCAGCUGCCCAUUUGCAUCCAAACAAACUGCCUUGAAAGGCCAAGCCAACAGCUCAGAAAAGUUAAGUAACUGUGGGGUGCCACAGCUGUCUCACAUUGUAAAUAGUCACUGCUUGGAGCCUGCAGGGCAAAGCACCAUCACCUCCUCGACAUUCCUGAGCCCACAGUGCUCCCCCCAGCACUCUCCACUCGGGGCUGCAAAGAGCCCUCAGCACAUCAGCCUGCCGCCGUCUCCCAACAGUCACUAUCUCCUGGCAGUGUCCCCUGGCUCACAGGCAGAAGGGCGCAGCGCAUCACCCCAGACCAGCAGUUGCCUUCGCACAGCAUCGAUGACUACGCAGGCAGGUCAAAAGUCUCCUAUUCCAUCCCCAAGUUUUUGUAAGUCAAGCCCAGCCCUCUCAGAGGGAAAGCAGCCUCCACCAUAUGAGGAUGCAAUAAAGCAGCAGAUGACUCGAAGUCAGCAGAUGGAUGAACUCCUGGACGUGCUGAUUGAGAGUGGAGAAAUGCCAGCCAAUGCCAAGGAAGAUCGGUCCUGCCUCCAGAAAGUACCUCAGAUAACAGUGUCGACAGGGAACUCCAGCACGACGCUCCCAAAAUCAUCUGCCCCAUUCGAACAGGUCUCCUCCACCCAGCUCCCAUUCGAGCACUGUCCGGGCGGUGGUGACGCUCACCUCGAGGUCCUGCUGAAUGCCCACAGCCCGCUUGGGAGAGUCGGUGAAAUCACCCUGCUGAAGAUGGGAGGAGAGGAGUCCCACUUUGAAGGGAUGAUAGAGGGGUUCUCCAGCAAAGCCGCAGAUGAACUGCUCACCUCCCAGGAGAUUUUACAGACUCCUCUCUCCCCCAUGGAAACUCAGCUCUCUCCUUCCCCUGCUGAUGGCUCCGGUUUACAAAUGAGUUUCACCGAAUCUCCGUGGGAAACGAUGGAGUGGCUGGACCUCACCCCCCCCAGCUCCGCCUCUGGCUUCAGCUCACUCACUCCCGCAGGCCCCAGCAUCUUCAACAUUGAUUUCCUGGAUGUUACUGAUCUCAAUUUAAACACCAGCAUGGACCUCCACCUGCAGCAGUGGUGAACAGGAGGGCGGUGGAGGCAGAGCACUGUGAGCCCUCAGCAGCCAACGCAGUGUUUCCAUCAUGCUGGAGAACACGCAGGGCUAACACACCAUGUUCAGGGGAAACUGGAGCCAUUUUCCCAGUGAAUAAACUUGUUUGAAUUUUCAGUUCCUGCAAACUGACAGCACAACAGCUCUGGUACUUUGGUUUUCUUCCACUGGCGCAUCUUCACAAAGGAUACCAAGUGCCUUUAUCGACACUCCUUUAGAUUGACAGUUGCCUGUAACUUCAUUUUUAUCCUUUUUAUCUUCCUCCUCCCCAGUUUUAGCAGACACUCCCGUGAGAACUGGAGCAGCUCACAACAAAACUACGUGGUGAGGUGAGCUCAUCUGAGGAGCAGCAGGGAAGCCAGCACACAGAGGUUGCUGCCCCACUCCUUCCUGCCAUCCCGCAAGGCUCCCCUCAGCCUGGCCCAGGUCAGGAGGGCUGGGAGCAGGGAGGCACGAGGGCUCUGCCCAGCAAGGGCAGUAAGCACAGCCCUCUGUACAGCCAGACCCACCUUGUGCCAUUCUUCCUACCCCAAAGCCCCAGAGCUGUGCUGCCUCAGUCCCUGCACAACUGUAUGAACAAGCGAGAGAUGGAGUGUACCAUGUUCAUGGUGGUGCUUUGGGAUGUUCUCAGACUGUCUGGGGAGCUGAAAGCCAAAGAGCUGUCCCAGUUACAGUCUGAGCUGAGUCAGGCUGCAGCCUGAGACCUUUGAGCAGAGAGGUGUGGAUGCUGGAGGCGGCCAUUCAGGCUGCAGGUGCAGGUGUUGAAGGGAUGUGGCAUUCCAGUGGAGCUGACGUGGCUCAGCUCGUGUGGUACAGAUAAAGAGAUGUGUGAUGUGUUGUGGUCCAAGGCAGGAGCAGGUCAUAUGGAUAAUACAGCACAGCUUUGGAGGGGCUGUCUCUGCAGAGCCACAGCUUGGUGUGGCUGGGCAGCCAAGAGCAGCCCCCUCCUGCAGGUGGGGCAGGGCUGAGCAGGCCCUCGUGGGGCUGUGGUUUUGUGUGAGCAUCUGCUUUCACUGUCUCCGCUCUCUGCCAUCCAGAACGCUUCCUUCUUCCCUUCCUCCUUCAUCCUCAGCAGCAAUCCUCUUCUCUCCCGAGUUUACUCCGGCAUCACCCAGCUCAGAGCAAGGCCGCCCGGAGAACAGCUGUGAAUCACUGAGCCUAGAGGAGCUCGUUCUUCUGAAGCCAGCGGAGAUGGAUGCUCUUCCGCAGUGAUGCCUCCAGUUUGAAGUCACCAGCAUUUCUCCUGCGAGUCUCUGUGCAAUAUCCUCCUUCAGGCUCCGGCGAGAAGGAGCCUUCGCUUCACUUCUUGGCUGCCACCAAAGAACUGCAGACUCUUUGACGGACACAUUGGCUUUGCAAUUCUGGUUUUGCCAAAGUAAAUAUUGUUGCUGACAAAGAUUGUUAAACUAUUUACAGACUGAGUGUAUUUAAUAUUUGUGUUACUGGAAGGACAGCACAGCGGGGCCACUGCACGGUGUGCACACACACACACACCCGGGCAGCCACACAGCCCCACUGUGUCUCCGGCUCGUGGCGAUGUUGCAUGCUGUAUAAAGAACACGGCGGAAGCUUUGAAGUCACUAUUUAAAGCAUCACUUUUCUAUUGUACAAAUGGUCACAGAGCACUGCUAGGAUAGAUGAGCACAGGUUGCCUUGGUUUUGUUUUGUUUUUUUAAAUUCCUUUUUCUAAGGGAGAAAUUUUUAGAAGCCGUUCCAUGGAGAAUAUUAAUAGCACUUGAAUCAGAGUAGUGGUAGCUGCUACACUGCGCCAUUGUACAGGGCUUUCCAGGUAACUUUCUCCUCUCAGCAAAUGUAUUUCCUUAUUUAAAGGGAUGCUGUCAGCUUCGAACUUGUAAACAAGCACAUUUCCUUACCUAUGUUACCAGCAACACCUUCAUUAUUAAAAAUCCCUUUGCCUUGCCA